AUGAUUAAAUUAAGUCCCAAUGUUAAACUCUAUAUAUCAAGAGGGAAAAGGGCAUUUAAUGCUAAAAGGAGAAUAAUAAUGGUUCCUACAUUCAUCCUAAUGGUCCUUUUCCUUAUCUUUAAUGCCAGUUCAAAAUCUGCAUCAGAAAAUUCUUCCACUGGUUUUUCAGGAAGAGUUCCUUCUAGAGGAGGGAAAGAUUCCACAUUAUCAGACGAUUCUAUCGAUUCUAAAUUAAGAAUUUCUACAUUUAAGAUGGUAGAAGCUGACCGUGAAGAAGUUGCCAAUGAAAGUUUCCUUUCAUCCAUAUUUAGUAAAGUUGGUGGUUCCACAUUGUCUUCUCAACAACGUCAUCUUUUGAAAAAUUGGGACCAUGCAAGUAGACUAGACCAAUGUAAGUACUUGAUUGGAUCAUUAUAUAAUGCUGAUCCAAAUUGGAGUAAUGAAAAAAUCGUUGAUUUCUUAGAUGACCCCUUAAUUGAUGAUGUUAACAUUGCAUUGGUUACUGAAAGAUUAAGAUUAUUUGAUUAUUGUUUCCUUUCUGACAAAUCUGUUGAUUCUAAGGAUGUGUUUGAUGGUUUUAUUAAUGUCGAUUGGGAGGAUUUCCAGAAGAGAAUGUUCCCUUUUUUGAAGAAAAGUUCAGGUGAUGUUUUGUUACCUAAGAUCACUAACUUGAAAGAUGGUUCCAUUGUUGAAAUUUCAAAACUAAUGCCAUCUGCAAAAGAAGGUGAUUUUUCUGCCAGUAAUAAUGCAAACUUCUUUGCAAGUUGGAAGAAAGCUGCUCAUGGUAAAGGUAUCGUAGUUACUAUGAAGGAUCUUGAUAAGAAUAUGUUUGAAGGUUUGGUUACCGUCUUUGAAGAAAUGGGAAACAAAUUACCAAUUCAAUUAGUCAGUACUGGUAAAGAUUUUACGAAGGAAACCAUGGAUCAUUUACAAAAUUUUGCAAAGAAUGCUAAACAAGAUGUUUACUAUGUGGAUUGUUCACCAAUGUUGGAUCAAGAUUUUGUUGAAAAAAAUAUCAAAUCUUAUGUCAAUAAAUGGAUUGGUGUUCUAUUCAACACUUUUGAAGAAUUGGUGUUUUUCGAUGCUGAUUCAGUACCAUUUAUUGCUCCAGAAAAAUUCCUUGAAAAUUCAGAAUAUAAAAAGACUGGUGCAUAUUUCUUCAGAGAUAGAUCAUUGGGUAAUGAUCGUACAUUCCAGUAUUGUAUUGAUAUGAUUCAGGUUAUGGAACCAUCAAAGGAGGAGAAAAAAUUGAUUAAGAGUAAAACCAAAUUUGAAACUCUUAAUCCACCAGAAACUAAAUCUUCAUCUGAAGCUGCUAUUUUUAAUUCAUUUUUCCAGAAUUUUCAACAUAAUAAUGUUGAUAGUGGUGUUGUUAUGCUCAAUAAGAAGCAAAAAAUGGGUGGGCUAUUAAUGGGUUUCUUUUUACAUCUUGAUGCUAAGAUGAAGAAAUGUGUUUCCGGUGAUAAAGAAAUGUUUUGGUUAGGUAAUUUAUUAGCUGGCCAAGAUUAUUCCAUUGCGAAAUCAUAUGGUAGUAUUGCAGGUAAUGUUGGUAGUAUGGGUGAUGGUAAAGAAGGUGAAUCUACUUUAUAUAUCUGUUCUACCCAAGUUGCUCAUGUUGACAAAGACGAUAAUAUCUUAUGGGUUAAUGGUGGGUUGAAUACUUGUAAACUUCCACAUCUUGCUCAAAAGGAUUUUGAUGCAUCUCCAGAAUAUUUCAAGCAAAGAUUUGGUUCAGUGACUAAUUUACAAAAUAUUUAUAAUAAUCGUGUUAAACUAGAUGGGUUAAUCAAACCAGAUGGUCAACUAAACAAAUGGAUGAAAAUCAGUGAAUGUCAAAAUCGUAUGUAUUGUGCUUUCAUCGGUGGUCCAGAUGCCAAGAAGAAAGGUGCUGUUGAUGAUUCUAAGACCUUGGUUAGGUUUAAUGAUAAUGCACAAAAGACAUUUAAGAGGAUUGGUCAAGCUUGGUCUAAUAAGAAGGUUCCUGCUUCUUCAUGA